AUGCUGAAGACUGUAACCAACGCGCUGAAAGGCCCAUUUUACGUGCUUGGGGCCCCGAGCCGGCAAGUGGACCAAGGGAAGGCGGUGUUGGCAUCGCCAGAGGAUCUGAAAACCUCGGACCCAUUCCUGCUCGUGCUCGAGGUCAAGGACGCCAAGGGCGACCCGAUCCCGUUCGCGGAGGUGGACCUCUGGCAGGCGACGUCCACGGGCGAGUACUUCUUCGCCUCCUGGCGGCUCCGCGGGCGCGCGCUCGCCGACGCAGCAGGGCGCGUCGAGGUCCUCACCGUGCGCCCGGGCGGGUACGCGGGGCGGCCGGGCCACGUCCAUGCCGUCGUCUCCGGGGUCGCGGGCGUGCACGUCCCGGUCACGACGCAGGCGUACGUCUGCCCGGGGAACCGCGCGGAGAGCAUGUCGACGGAAGUGGCGAACAUCUGGCGGUCGCGCCGGGACCGGAACGUCGUCCGCUGCUGGACGGUCGCGCCCGACGCGUCGGGGCCCGAGAAGCUGCACUUCGGCUUCCCGAGGCUGUCCGCCGAGCACGCGGACCUGCGGGAGAGCGUGGGGUGGUGGGGCGCGCGGAUGGCGGAACGAGGCAUCGAGCGCGAUGUCGUGGCCGUGGGGGAGCACGUCGUGCGGCUGUCGAGCUGCUGA